AUGUUGCUAUAUUUAUAUAUUUUAUAUAUUGCCCUCAAAACUGUAUCUCAUCUUUUUUUCUGCAAUCCUUGCUUUCGUAAUCUAAGUGUGGGUGACAUGCUAAAUCCGCGGCUUUCCUUAAGCUUUUUCACAAACCAUCUAUUAUGUCCAGAAGCUCCGCUGAUUAUCCGUGGAAAAGGGUCUUAUUCUGCCGUAGGAAACUUCUUCUCGAGAAAAAAGUGA